AUGGACAAGAGUUGGAUGCAAAUCUCUGAUAGAUUUGGAUCUCAGGAAUAUGCUGAAGGAAUAAAGGGGUUCCUUACCUUGGCCCGAACUUAUGCUACAAGUUCGGAAAUUCGCUGCCCAUGUGUCCGAUGUUCAAAUAAUUACUUCCUACUUAUAAGUCAAGUAGAAAGACACUUGUUCAUUAAAGGUAUUGACAAGAAUUACACGACAUGGAUUUUUCAUGGUGAAGAAGAAGAUUUAAUCAUAAGUGAUGAUGAUGAUAAUGUACAUGAAGUUGAUGAAGAUGAUGACUUCAUUGAUGAAGUUGAUGUUAUGUUACGAGAUAUUCGGGCUGGGGGAUUUCCUGAUGUUCCCAUAAGCAAUUCAUUCCAUGCUUCGGGUUCCACAUCGGUCGAUACCUUUUCAUCUCAGACUUUUGACCAGCUGUUGGCUGAUUCCCGGCGUCCUCUUUAUGAAGGUUGUACAAAGUAUUCUAAACUAUCAUUCACUGUCAAGUUGCUGCACAUUAAAACACUUGGUGGUUGGAGUGUAAAGUCUUUCGACAUGCUUUUACACUUGUUGAAAUCGGCUUUUCCCAAUGCCCUUUUGCCAAAUUCAUAUCAAGAAUCACGUAACUUGGAAAAAGGGCUGGGCUUUACUUACACCAAGAUACAUGUUUGUCCGAAUGACUGCAUACUUUAUUGGAGGGAAAAUUUGGAUAAAGAUGAGUGCCCGAAAUGUAAACUUUCAAGGUGGAAAUUUAGCAACACUAAGAAGAGGCGAAUUCCUCAAAAGGUUUUAAGACAUUUUCCGUUAAAGCCAAGGUUGCAGAGAUUGUUUAUGUCACAAAAAACAUCAGUUGAUAUGCGGUGGCACAAGGAUCAGCGUGUCAUUCAGCAAGAUAUUCUAAGUCAUCCUGCUGACUCUGAGGUGUGGAUGACAUUUGAUCAAGAGCAUGCUUGGUUCGCAGAAGAUCCAAGAAAUGUCAGGCUUGGUUUAGCUAGCGAUGGUUUCAACCCAUUUAAUAAUUUGGCUAAACCUUAUAGCGUAUGGCCAGUGAUUCUUGUCCCUUACAACUUACCUCCGUGGUUGUGCAUGAAGGAUCCAUUUUUUAUCACUUCACUCUUGAUUCCUGGACCAAGAUCACCAGGAAAUGAAAUCGAUGUUUAUCUUCAGCCUUUGAUAGAUGAAUUGAUUGAUCUAUGGGAUAAUGGUGUUGAUACAUACGAUGCAAAGGGCAAAGAGACUUUCAGAUUGCAUGCAGCAUUGCUAUGGACAAUCAACGACUUUCCUGCUUAUGGAAACCUCUCCGGGUGGAGUACUAAGGGGAAGAUGGCAUGUCCAUCGUGCAAGGAAGAAACAGAUUCGAUGUGGUUGCCGUAUAGCCGAAAGCAUUGUUACAUGGGUCAUCGCCGAUUCUUGCCACCGGGCCAUAUCUGGAGAAAGAAAAAGACUAUUUUUAAUGGGUGUGCAGAGCAUCGUGAUCCACCUACAAUGUAUUCAGGAGAAGAUGUACUCAUUCAACUCCAAAAUAUUCCUGAUGCAAAUUUUGGCAAAGCUAUAAAGAAAAGAAAGCGUACCACAGAGGAGUUCAAUUGGACCAAGAAAAGUAUCUUCUUUCAAUUGCCAUAUUGGUCGACUAUAAAGAUUAGACAUAAUCUAGAUGUAAUGCACAUUGAGAAGAACAUAUGUGACAACAUCUUAGGAACUUUGAUGAAUAUCUCUGGCAAAACUAAAGAUCAUCCUAAUGCACGUCGUGACCUUUCCACUCUCAAUAUAAGGGAGGAGUUACACCUUAUUCAGGAUGGACAACGCAUUCGUAUGCCACAAGCAUGUUAUACGUUGUAUGGAUCUGAGCGGACUGGUUUUUGUAAUUGGUUGCACGGUGUGAAAUUCCCGGAUGGUUUCGCUUCAAACAUUGCCAGAUGUGUUAGUGUAAGUGACUGCAAAAUCUCGGGGAUGAAAAGUCAUGAUUGCCAUAUUUUCAUGCAAAGAUUACUUCCUGUUGCAAUUUCUGGAUACUUACGCCAAGAUGUACGGUUGGCACUAACUGAGCUAAGCACUUUCUUCAAGGAAUUGUGUGCUAGAACAUGUAAGAAGGAGGUCUUAGCGCGGCUUCAAUCUGAUAUCGUCGUUAUUCUUUGCAAGCUUGAGAUGAUUUUUCCGCCUACCUUUUUCGACAUAAUGGUGCACUUAGCCUAUCACUUGCCACGUGAGGCCUUGCUUGCAGGGCCAGUUCAAUAUAGGUGGAUGUAUCCUUUCGAGAGAUAUCUCGGAAAAUUCAAGAGAUAUGUUAAGAAUAAGGCCUACCCGGAAGGUUCAAUAGUUGAGGCCUAUAUCCAUGUUGAAUGCUUGAAUUUUUGUUCCAUGUACCUCCAUGAUGUUGAAACUAGAUUCAAUCCUCCUAAACGUAACGUCGAUGAAGGAGAAGAGGGUGUACGAGAGGGACUAUCUGUUUUUUCACAGAAGGUGCGACCCAUGGGUUUUGCAUCACGUCACCAAAUAGACGAUGAUGCUUUUAUAAAAGCCAGAUGGUAUGUUCUUAAUAACUGCACAGAGAUUGGAGAAUACAUAAAGUAA